AGAACCAUAAAUUUGUGCUUUGGGUGGGACCAGGCUUUGAUCCUGGGAAAUUGGUCGGCACCAAAUGUCAAGUUCCAUGAGCCGCUCAGAGAAGGUGCCCAAUCCCCGGCCAUACCGACGAACGAAGCAGCCAGAAGUAUUAUGCCAUGGCCUGUUAAGAUGUACCAAUCAAAAAUGUAAACAUGAUCAUGGCUAUAAAUUAUGGAAUCGCGACUUGACUGCAAUCCUUAAUUUCCGCAAGAUCAUGUUUGGCCACCGAGAGAAUAACGAAAGGCCGACACUCUUCAAAAGGAAGCGGGCCGAAGCGGAAGCCUCGAGUAGCAAAAUUCCAAAACAUUCAUGAUAUCAUCCGGAUCAGUUAUCGCUGUU